AUGCUCAUCAAGCCUCUCUUGUCGUUAGCAGGCCUAUCUGCGCCAUCUAAGAAUAUCUGGGCAAACACAACGAAUGUCAUUGCGUUCGGAGACUCUUAUUCAUACGUUUUGGGCACUUCAGGUCGCCAGAACUACAGCUUCAUCGGAGACUACCAAAACCUUGGCUUCUCAAGUCAAAAGCUUUUGAGCAGCGAGAUUGUGCAGAGCCAGACGAGUACCGCGGAAGGCGGCCCAAACUGGCUCGAGCAUCUCACUGGCUGUGGAGUCAAUGCUGGUACUACUUCACCAUUGGAUUGCAACAUUCAACUGUGGGACUUUGCUUUUGCCGGCGCGGAUAUCGGAACACAAUACACCCCUAGACACAAGUACUUCACGGUGCCUCUCGUAAACCAGACUCAACAAUUUUUGACAUAUGCACAACCCGCUCUCUCCAACAUCACCACCCCGGAGUCAACACUCGCCUCUUUUUGGAUUGGUACAAAUGACAUAUUCGACACCGCCACUUCCACUGUACCCUUCAAAACUUUGUACACCAAUAUGAUCGCUACUCUUUUCGCUUCCAUGCAGACCAUUCACGAUGCUGGCUAUCGCAAUUUCCUCAUCAUGAACCUCGCACCUUUGGACAAGACACCGAAGAACGUGCUGAAGAGACGUCCAUUGCCCAACUCUAGCAUGGUCAACCAAUUCAACUCCAUCCUCGCAAACCAGGCGGCCCAGUUCCAAAAGACCAAUGCCGACUCAAACGUCGCACUCUUCGACACCAACACUUUUUUGAAUGGUGUGUUGAAGAACCCAGCGCCGUAUGGUAUCAAGAACACCACUGGAUUCUGUGCAGCUUGGAAUCAGCCUAAUGUUGUCGCAGAUGCUACUGCUUAUGGGUGUCAACCUAUGGACGAGUAUUUCUGGUUCAACACUGCGCAUUUGACUACUCAUGUUCAUGAGAUCUUGGCGACAGAGGUUCAGAAGUUCUUGAGUGGCAGCUCAUGAUUAACAACGGCUUGAAUUCGAGGCGAGCGUAGGCCUGACUAUCACUUGGAAGUUUGCUUCGAGAGGAGAGCGUGCCAACUGCGCUGUACAUAUUGCCAAAAAU